AUGUAUUCUGGGUCUUCGUCUCGCGUGCAGUCCAUGUAUGGGCAGCACUACCCUGAAGACUUUGACUCGUCGACGGAACGCGACUACCCCCGCUCCGACCCCUCGUCCUCCCGUACGGGACUCGGGCACCAUCCAAACGAACAAGACAUCCGACAGGCGGGCUCCGUCGUCACCCUCCCAGAUCCAAUCCCUUCCCUUCCUUACUGGUCUCACAAACGACACCUGACGUGUGGGAAUCCGACCCCUCCACCGCCGUGGGCACCAAAGAUUACACCAUGGCGUACCACCCCUUCCAAGCUCAAAACAGCCAAUGCUGCGCUCGUUCUCUGUUUGAACAUCGACGUCGAUCCUCCAGACGUUGUCAAGACGAACCCGUGCGCCGUGCUAGAAUGCUGGGUCGACCCACAUACUCUCCCUGCCUCGAAGGCCCUCGAUGUCAUCGGUCUGAACCUUGCGCAUCAGUUCGAGGGCCUGAGUGCGAAGAUCACCUUCAAGCCUUUGCUCGAUCCCGCGUAUGACGACCUACGCAAGUAUUGCCACUCCCUACGCAAAUCCGCGAAAGAGGACGCCAUCCUCUUCUAUUAUAACGGUCACGGUGUCCCUAAACCUACGCCCAGCGGUGAGAUGUGGUGCUUCAACAAGGAGUACACACAGUACAUCCCCGUAUCUCUCCAGGAGGUGCAAACAUGGCUCCUCUCCCCCUGCGUCUACAUCUGGGACUGUUCCGCGGCAGGACGCCUGCUGCAGAGCUUCGUCAAGUUCGCACGGGCGCGCGACACUGAUGCCGCGCUGAACCCGGGCCUAUAUCCCGAGGGCAUGCCUCCAUUCUCCGACUGCAUUCAGCUUGCUGCAUGCGCUGCCGACGAACAGCUGCCAACAUGUCCGGAACUACCUGCGGACCUGUUUACGUCAUGUCUCACAUCGCCCAUCGACAUAGCGCUACGGUGGUUCAUCAUGUGCAACCAACUUCCUGGCGGGGUCACGGGCGACAUGGUCAUGCAAUUACCGGGCGACCUGAAGGAUCGGCGGACACCAUUAGGAGAGCUAAAUUGGAUCUUUACGGCCAUUACGGACACUAUCGCUUGGACCACAUUCCCCAGGGAUGUCUUCACGCGCUUGUACCGGUCGGAUCUACUCAUUGCCUCUCUCUUCCGGAACUUCCUGCUUGCAGAACGGAUCAUGAAGAACUACCACUGCACACCUCAUACGUACCCGCCGCUACCACCGACGAACACGCAUCCGCUGUGGGCGUCAUGGGACUUGGCGGUUGACUCGUGUUUAAGGCAGUUACCAGAGUUGCUGAAGCAUGUCCAGCCAGGUACGACGACAGAAGCGUCUCUUACGACACGCAGGUCUACAGCGGCACGUGCGCAACCUGGGGUUCCCGCGCCUGCUCCUGUCGAGCAGCCGUAUACUUACAUCCAUAGUAAGUUCUUUAGCGACCAGCUCACGGCAUUCGAGGUGUGGAUCUCUCGAGGCGGGUCUGCGCUCACCAAGCGCGGUCCACUCUCGCUUCCCGAGAGCAAUGGUGAGCAGACAGCGACAUUGGACGCGCCUAACGGCGACGCGGCACAUCCCCUCCAGAGUGUCGAGAAUGACCAUCACCUCGUUCCCCGCAAGCCGCCAGACCAGUUGCCCAUCGUCUUGCAGGUGCUCCUUUCCCAGCCCCACCGUCUCCGCGCGCUCAUCCUCCUUUCGCAAUUCGUCGACCUGGGACCAUGGGCCGUACACCUAGUCCUCACCAUCGGCAUCUUCCCCUACAUAUCGCGCCUCCUUCAAGCUGCGUCAGCGGAUCUCAGACCAGUGCUGAUAUUUAUAUGGGCACGUAUCAUCGCCGUCGACCCGACAUGCCAGGUCGAGCUGUACAACAACCAGGGCUACAAGUACUUCGCGCAGAUUCUCGCGAUACAGGAAGAGCAGCCCCAUCCGGCGAUUCCAAACAGCUCGGAACACAAGGCGAUGUGCGCCUUCAUACUCUCCGCAAUAGCUCGUGACUACCCGCACGGGCAGAACGCGUGCUGGCGUGCGCACGUCUUCGAUGCGUGCUUCGACCGCCUGAACGACAAUGACUUCCUACUCCGGCAGUGGUCCGCGCUGUGCAUUGCGCAGAUUUGGGACGCCAAUGACGAGGUCAAGACGUACGGGGUCGAUCGCGGCACGCAGGACAAGCUCAUCGCACUGCUCUCCGACGACUCGCCCGAGGUGCGCAGCGCAGCGCUCUACGCGCUCGGUACGUUCUUGGGCGCGUCGGGUUCGUCGGACCUUAAUAAGCUCGGCGGAGGCGGUAGUGGGACGCAGAGCCAACUGGAGGAACGCAUACACUUCCGCAUGGAGGUCGCUGUCGUCACGGGGGCUACCCUGGCUAUCAAGGAGGACGCGAGCCCGAUGGUCAGGAAGGAGCUCCUGGUGCUCAUCAGUUGCUUGGUCAAGGAGUGGCGAGGGUACUUCAUCGUCUGCGCGUGGAUCUACUGGGAGGAGGAGCGGCGCUGGAGGCAGGGUACACCACUACACGACGAGGACUUGGCAACUCAGGCUGUCGCGGAGUGGCUGGACAGCUUCGGCGACGAUGAUGCGCGGGAGGAAAACCGAGUGUUGUUGUCUUCGUUCUUCACCAUCUACAGCGUGCUGCUCGAGCUGUCGGCGGAUCCUUACGAGGAGGUGGCCAUCAACGCGCAGACAACCGUGGACUAUAUCAUCGCACUUCUGCUGGAGUCGCCGUUCAGCCAUCUGGAUAGCACCACGCUGAAGGAUCCCCCAGUCACUCUCGACUCGAAGGGCGGCACACGGACGCGAGCGCCCUCGAUACAGUCAGAGAAAAGUCAACAACCUCCUUCGCCCAUUCUGAACAGGCCGAGCAUCACGCGCAGUGAUACCAUGGGUAGCACGCUCUCAAACGGGGUCACCAGUACCCUUCGACGCACAUCCUCUUUCGCCAAUGCUCUCAGGAGUCUCGCGGGUAACAUCGCUUUCCCGACCAUGGACGAUGGUCGUUCGUCACCUCGCCCAACAUCGUUGACUACACCGCGGCCAGACAUGCCAGACGGUGUUUCUCGUCCUCCCUCGCCGAAUCUGAACUACGCUCAGUACACUUCCCCGUAUUCCCGUCCUUCCACCCCGCCUCCCGCAUCCACGCACCGACUGUCUCCCAACCCGUCUCCCAAGUCCGUUGCGGAGCCGCCCUCACCUCCGAUGGACUUCAACCCAUGGGACGUCAUGGAGGCACUCAUCGAGGAGGACAUGGAGCGCCUGCGGGCUCGUCGGAGGGUCGUGAUGCACCAUAGGCAUCAACAUCCACAUGUGGCGGGAUUGGGCAUGGGCGGUGUGGGCAGCCCGGCUGGGAGCACGUUCUCCAUGGACUCCAGCGUGAUUCUGGGCCUCGGUACCGGCGUGGGCAUUCGGGAUGUUCUCCCACUGAAGAGCCGGUUCUACGACUGGUGCUGCGAGUACUUCAAGGAGCCUCAGAUGAGGCAACCGGAGGCUGAUGAGCCUGGAAGCGUGCAAUACAACUACCAGCUCUGGCGGCAGCAACGCAACGAGCAAGUGCUUUCGACUACGCGAACCCAAGGGGAGAUCGCAGCGUCCUGCAAGUGGGACAGACCGGUGUCGACCAUCCAAGUCACUGGCCUACCACAACAGUUAGCGUUCCAUUCCUUCGAUCCCCACUUGGUUAUUGCCAAUGAAACCGAUGUCAUAACGGUCUGGGAUUGGAUGCAGCGCAAGCGGCUGAACCGCUUCUUCAACGGCAACCCCAAGGGGACGUGUGUGACGUCGUUGCACAUUAUCAACCAAGAGGUCGGAGGCAUUAUCCUGACCGCUGCGGCUGACGGCGUCGUCCGUUUGUACCGGAAUUAUGACCCGUCGCUGAGCAACGGUCCGUUACAAAUGGUCAGCUCGUUCCGCGGAGCCAACGAAGUGCUUCAGGUGCAGCGCGGGAGUGGGGUGAUCACGGACUGGCGGCAGACAGGCGGUACGCUGCUUGUGGGCGGCGACUCGCGUGUCAUCCGAGUGUGGGACGCUCAUACCGAGAGCCAGGUCAUGGAUCUAGAAACGAAUUCGGAUAGCCCCGUCACGGCUAUGGUGUCUGACUACGGGUCCGUCAACACAUUCUUGGCAGGAUUUGCGAACGGGAGGGUCAAGAUCUUUGACCGGCGUAUGGACGAAGAGAAUGCGGUUGUGCGUGCUUACGAUGACCAUGCCUCUUGGAUCCAAAAUGUCAAGUGGCAUCCAAGCUACGAUGGUCAAUUCUUCUCUGGCUCUAUGGACGGGGAAAUCAAGUUGUGGGACAUACGUGGAGAUGACAGGGCGCUGCAGUCAUGGGACACAUAUCCCCAAGGUCUGUCAGCGUUUGACGUCCAUGAACAGACAGAAGUCUUCGCUACGACUUCUUCUCUGGUACCUUCGAACUGGAGGACCCAGCGGACCUCUGUUCACUCGUUCGCCCGACAGAGCCCGUUGUCUACGCUGACCACGGGCCUCACUGUUCCGCCGCCGCGGGAUUCAUAUCUUCCUUUCAUCACCCGUUCAAGCAGUCUGGUGUUCCACCCCAAGGAGAUGGUCUACGCUGUUGGACAUUGGGACGGAUGUGUGCGUAUCAUGGGUUGCAAGCUGCCGUCAUAG